AUGAGUGAUCCGGAUCCUACCCAGACCAAAAUGAGUCAUCCAAAUACUACCCGGACCAAAAGGAGUGAUCCAGAUCCUACCCAGACCAAAAGGAGUGAUCCAGAUCCUACCCGAACCAAAAGGAGUGAUCCAGAUCCUACCCAGACCAAAAGAAGUGAUCCAGAUCCUACCCAGACCAGAGGGAGUGAUCCAGAUCCUACCCAGACCAAAAGGAAUGGUCCAAAUCCUACCCAGACCAAAAGGAAUGAUCCAGAUCCUACCCAGACCAAAAGGAGUGAUCCAGAUCCUACCCAACCCAAAAGGAGUGAUCCAGAUACUACAAGGACCAAAAGUAGUGAUCCAGAUCCUACCCAGACCAGAGGGAGUGAUCCAGAUCCUACCCAGACCAGAAGGAGUGAUCCAGAUCCUACCCAGACUAAAAGGAGUGAUCCAGAUCCUACCCAGACCAAAAGGAGUGAUCCAGAUCCUACCCAGUCCAGAAGGAGUUAUCCAGAUCCUACCUGGAAAAGAAUGAGUGAUCCAGAUCCUACCCGGACCAAAAGGAGUGAUCCAGAUCCUACCCAGACCAAAAGGAGUGAUCCAGAUCCUACCCGGACCAGAAGGAAUGAUCUAGAUCCUACCCAGACCAAAAGGAAUCCUACCCAGACCAAAAGGAGGGAUCCAGAUCCUACCCGGAUCAGAAGGAGUGAUUCAAAUCCUACCCAGACCAAAAGGAGUGAUCCAGAUCCUACCCAGACCAAAAGGAGGGAUCCAGAUCCUACCCAGACCAGAAGGAGUUAUCCAGAUCCUACCCAGACCAAAAGGAGUGAUCCAGAUCCUACCCAGACCAAAAGAAGUGAUCCAGAUCCUACCCAAACCAGAAGGAAUGAUCAAGAUCCUACCCGGAACAAAAGGAGUGAUCCAGAUCCUACACAAACCAAAAGGAGCGAUCCAGAUCCUACCCAGACCAAAAGGAGUGAUCCAGAUCAUACCCAGACCAAAAGGAGUGAUCCAGAUCCUACCCAGAAUAAAAGGAGUGAUCCAGAUCCUACCCACCCCAGAAGGAGUGAUCCAGAUCCUACCCAGACCAAAAGGAGUGAUCCAAAUCCUGCCCAGACCAAAAGGAGUGAUCAAGAUCCUACCCAGACCAAAAAGAAUGGUCCAGAUCCUACCCAGACCAAAAGGAGUGAUCCAGAUCCGACCCAGACCAAAAGGAGUGAUCCAGAUCCUACCCAGAUCAAAAGGAGGGAUCCAGAUCCUACCUAG